CCGGGCAGCGGGGACAGCGCGGGACUGAGCUGGCAGCGCCUUCCUGAGCCUUGGUGUCCCGCAGGGCCGGGACCAGCCGGGACCUGUCAUCAUGUCCCUUCCAAUGGGCCAUCUCCGUGGGUGCAAAGCUGUUCCCGAGGCCGAUCUCCAAAAGGUUUUUCUAGCACACCACAGGACUCCGGAGCAAUGGGCUCAUUGUUUCAGGCAGAGAGAUUCUGGCUGUGUGCUAGAACAGAGUGAAUUCUGCUCCAUUCGUAGCCUUGUGAAGGAGCUCCUGCAGGGGCCAGCAGCCGGGCUGACACACUUGCCAGGGCCACAAAAACUCACUUGUCAUAAGCAGGUGGAUGCCACUUGUGAGCGUGCAGUGGGUGAAGAUGUGGAGAAUGGAAUCUGCAGCAGUGAAGGCAGUGUGAGGGAGCCCCUGGGUCCCCAGGGCACAUCAGCAAGCGGCCAUGGACACAGAAGCAUCCUCAGAAGAUUGCCGGGCAAGGGGUUCAGCUGCCAUCCCGUGCACAUCUUGGUGCUGAUCCUGCUCCUGUCGCUGCUGGUGGUGGCAUUGGCGGUGGCCUUGGCUGUGCAGUCAGCACCACAGGUUCCAGUUCCACCUGCGACUCCGCUCUUGGUUCUGGGCUGUUCCCAUGGCUGGGUUGGAUACAAUGGAUUCUGCUACUACUUCUCAAGGGAUCAGGGCACCUGGGAGCAGGGUCAGGAGCGGUGCUCCGAGCUCGGGGCCUCCCUGGCCAUUGUGAAGGAUGAGGAAAUGGAUUUGUUCUUCCGCCUCCGCGGGAACGUCGAUUACUGGCUCGGGCUGCGCAGAUGGGGCGAGCACCUGCAGUGGGGGGACGGCAGCAGCUUCAGCUCCUCGGUUCCUGUCCUUGGCAAUGCCGAGUGUGUGUGCCUGGCUGACGAUAAAUUCAGGAGUGAGAGCUGCUCGAAUCCGCAGCCGUAUCUGUGCAGCAAGGCCCGAGCUCCCCUGUAACAGGGGCUGGAGAAAGGAGCUUCUGAAGCCGGAUAUUAGGAUCAGUGACUUCACA